CAUACUCUUCCGGAAACAAUUUGAAAUAGGCGUCAAGUAUCAUAGUGUCUGUCGAACACAUCGCAUCGAGCUUAUAAGCACCCAUUAAUGUUAUUUGGAUGUAUUUGGUACUGUUCUCGUUUUUGUCCUGUUUAAUGCCAUGCUUUUGCUUUAACCGAAAGGAUGACAAUGAGAGUCACUGUGGUCUCCUGAAGCAGUGGCUUGAAUCUGCAUCAGUGUCAGUGGAGAUUGGCAAAAGUGGGUUCCACAGGGCGGUGACAGCUACUGUUGAGCUUAGCUCUGAUGUUGGUGAGAUCCAAGUUUUGCUGAUUUAUAGAUGGCCCAACGGAGUAUAUGUUGAUCCAUACCAACUUUUUUCCUUGAGUCAUCAAAGUGGUUGGCAGAUAUUGAUAGACUCGACCAUUGAUCUAGAGGCUCCGGCUCACAAGACAUCUGGAUUUGUCUCAUAUGUGUACCCCACCUUGGUUGGACAUACUCCUAGACUGCUAAAAGUCACAAUUCCAAUACAUGGCCGCUACAGUCAGCCCUCCUUUGAAGGGAGAGCAUUUACAUCUGUCAACAUAAAACCUCCGGAGCUGCUGCUGCGAAUGAAAAAAUGUAUACAGCUGAAAAACGCAGAGCCUUAUCUUGUCAUGAAUGCCCCCUGCACUGCUGACAAUUCAAGCAUGUGUUCAUGGUUUAUGCAGCAUCAGCAGGAUCAUGGAACCAGGAGAGUCCAGUUUCCAGUUGGUAACGGGUCUUUGGUGACACCUAUAUGCAGUGGGACCCUGCUAGUCACACUGAUCUGCUGUUUAGCACUGUCCAAAUACAUGUGGAAACAUCGAAUAUGAAAGGUGAUGGGUAACAAACAACAAAUAACAAGAUCAUUUUGGAACAGAGAGAUACUUUUAGUCAUUACAGACAAAGACACCGCUCAUACAGAAAAUGUAACGUUUAAGUAAGAAAAGAUAAUCUUGUCUAUUCAGAUCACUUAAACAGAGAAUGGACCAAUUUACAGUCCAGUUUUAUAAUUGAAUAUAGGUGUCAUAACAACAACAAUCAAUCAACAACAAACAAUGCAAAGUAAUCCACAUAACAUACCUUUUACAGGCCACAGUUACUACGAGUAAACAAACGUGUUUUGCCUAUUUUCUACCUUUUGGUCAUGGCCCCAGGCCAUGAAUGAACUUAUUACUUCAUGAAUGUGGUCUAGCUACAAAUCAAUCUUUAACCCAAUUGCAAACAAUAUUGAAACUCCAGAUAUUAAUAAAAAAGCCCAGCUACUGUGUGUUUUCAUUUUGUUUUUACAAUAAAGUGUUUGUUCUAU